GAUUCAGUCUUAGUAUUGUACACUGGGAUUGUUUAGGUAUGUUUUGAAAAUAAAACAUUUAAAAUACCCAUUGCAUAUUUGCAAUGCAUUCAAGUUUUAUUUGUUUCUAUGACAUAGCUAGAUGUAUUUGAGAAUUUAGUUUUGCUAAAAUGCGUGAGACGUAAAAAAGAUCAGACAUCUUUAAAGGACAGCGGACGGAUAUGUUGAACUGAGAAAUAAUUACGCAGAUUUGUUUUGAACAAAUUAUGUGUUUGAAUGUAUUACUUUAACUUUUUGGUUUGGUGUUGUACGUGUCAAUAAAGUGAUCACGUAUAAACUUAUAUGUGUUGAUCUAAGUGAUUAUCAGGUUUGUUGGUAUAUUUCAAUUACGACAUCAAUAUUCUACAUCAAAGUUUGGAUACCAAUGCUCCUUUAGCUUUUCACGUUGUCAGCACGUAAAUUCAAAAGUAAACGUAAAGUUUAUGGCGUUCAGUCUUGGCUACGUCAGCCUUUGUGAGAAGAGUAUACAGAGGUUAUACACGGUGAGAACGCUCAAACCUCCCACUACAAGGAAACACCCGGAAUAUAAGCCUGAAUUCAUCGAGGAGUUUGAUCGUAAACGACGGGAGAGAAUGCGCAACCGGCCGUUCAUGGAAUAUGUAGCGAAACAUGACAUCGAGCUUCCGCGGGCACCGGCAUUUAGAGGGGUGGAUCCAGCAGAGGUUGACCACAUUGUGAAGAGAUUGACAAUGAAGCCAUCAAAACGAUUUCCACACUUUCAGUUUAACAAACGGGACCCAGGGUACAAUGACUGGAGAUCCGCACACGAUGAGAAAAUUCGGCGUCUUCGGGAAACUGUUCACAUGUUUGGGGAAGAAGAAGCACUUGGAAGAACGACCAGCAUGGGGAAUGGAGGUGGCAAGAAGAGAACGAGGGAAAGGAAGAGAAGGCACCACAGAAAGGGUGAAAAAUUACCGAAAACAGACAUUCACGAGUAGCUAGAUGAACACAUAUCAACUGUUAUUGUCUAUGUGACUUCUGUGUAUGUUUGUAAUAUGUGUUACAUAAAUGAACUGUGUAUGUUCGUAUUUGUUAUUUUGGGUAGUUAAUCUUUGAUCAAUAUAUUUUGCAAGGCAAAUGGUGUAAUAGACUGGAAGGUACAAAAUAGGUGCCAACACAUGUACAUGUUCGAGAUCGUUAAACGAUGUUUCUUGUAAUAAACGCCAAAACAAAUAAUAAUGAAUGUUAAGCGUUUUAACGCAGUUAAUU